GUAAUUAUUCAAAAUUGUAGCGCGUUAUGAAUCGUAAUAAAAAAAAUCGCGGGUGUACGAUAAUAUUAUAAUAUACACGUUUUAAUUAUUAUACAGUCCGCGGCGUGUUCGUGUUUGUCAUACAAUUAUUAUUAUUAUUAAACAUGGUUGUUUUCUCGUCGGCCCGUAUGAUGUCAUUUUAAUUGUUGUGAAAGUUCACAACGCGAAAUCCGCCACCGCCACUGUGCCGACGAUCGCGGGUUACUGACAUCGUGUUCGCGUGCAGGCGGUGGUCGAGUGGGCAACGCAGGAGCGUAGGUGUGCGCUUUUUUACAAUUUUUUUUUGCGGCACCGGACCGAUCGUCGUAGUCUCCGUCGAUCACACCGGUUUUGGCACUCCUCGCCGUCCGACCACUGGACGAUUCGAUAGGUAUUCGCAAACUUACUAAUUUUUAACUCUGCAAAAACAACGAAAAUCAGAAAAAAAGAAAAAGUGGAGACAUGCGACCAUCAGUGAUGGCGGUCUUACGGUGUGUUGUUCUUCUAUGUUGUUGCAGUGGAUUUGCGGUGGCUUUAUCGAACGUUACAAACACCACCAGAGGAGUGGACGAGUUCUUGACGUCCUUGACGCAAAUGAUUGGAACCGUUUUGAAUACCGACGCUAGGUAUGCGGGAUUGUUCGGUGACGGAUCUCAGUCGAUUUCUGGUCGGCCCAACCGUCCGCCCGCCGCCGAUUAUUUCGAAACCGGCCGACCACCCUUUCUGGAGCGACCCCAAGUAAGCAGGCCGUACCCAGAAAAUGGUGGGCCAUACCCUCCACCAUACUCAGAAAACGGUGGACCGUACCCUUCACCAUACCCAGGAAGUGGUGGACCGUAUCCUCCACCGUAUCCAGGAAGUGGUGGAUCGUAUCCUCCGCCAUUUCGACCCUACGGACUCCGUCCCGGUCCAGGGGCAGCGGCUGUUGAUUACCUACAGCAGAACUCUAUCGUGCAAGCGUUGAGUUCCAUAUCACAACAUGACGACCUCAGGUGUGUUCCCAGACUUCUGUGCGAAGUAUCGUCGGGCACCAGGCCUGGUUAUAACCAGCAAUAUGGUUACUACCAGCAGCAACAGCAACAGCAGUCCUCCAUACCAUUCCUCACCAAAGACGCUUUGAUCACAUUGCUGACCGUGUUGAACUUCGUGGACGAUUCGCCGUUACUUAUGUUCGGCCGAGCCGCGUUGUUGGGAUAUAACGCCCGGGGCGAUCCCAGGUAUUGCACGACCGCGUAUCCGACUUGUCCUAGGGACCCGGACCAGCUAAUCAACUACCUGAAUAACCACAACGGCGGUUUCUUCCGGUUCUUCAACCAACAACUACCACAGUACGCUCCCCAGUACGCCACUCAUCAACAGCCUCCGUACCCACAACGGCCCCCGUACCCUGAACAGCCUCCGUAUCCACAACGUCCUCCAUACCCAGUGCAGUCUCUGUACUCGCAAAGACCUCAUCCGUACUCACAACGGCCUCCGUUCUUAGGACCGGAACAGAACUACGCUCCGCAAUAUCCGAGGCCGCAACAAUACUUUGGAAAUGGCUACAAGUCUCGAGUCGAUGUUCAACAGAACCCGAGAAUAUUGAGCGGGUCGCCGGAUCAGUACUACGAGGUGCCUUCGGUUAACGACUUACCACUGGACAGACCAAGGCCGACGCCGAUGAAGUUUCCGUCGUCGAUCGAUCACGGCGGCGCUACGAAUUCGAUUUCGCAUUUCGCGUUCCCGUCUGACCACAACAGCGCGGGAAGCGGAAAUCGGCAGGCGAAACGAAUAAAAAUGAUUUUCCCUGACAGAACCGGCACGGGCGGUCUCCGGGCCGACGUGGACAAGUACGGCAACUACAAGGGCGUGUAUUACGCCGAGGGUGCGAUCAAGUUCGUCGACGACGGCACCGCAAACGGCGGUCGACCGUCCACCAUCAGACUUCCACAGCGGUGGCCGGCCGACGACUUUAGCGUUCUCGGUAACCGAUUGCCCUACGAAAGACGACCCAAGUUUCAGUUUCCCAAGACUUCGGAGUGAUGCGGUGAUAAUGAUAGUUCAAUAGCGGUAUAAUACAUGGUUCAUCGUUGAAGUAUUUAAACGAUUUAAACGCAUCCCCUCGUUGCUAGCAAAGUUUAACCACUAUUUAAUAUUUAUAAAAAAAUAUAUUUAUUUAAAUAUAUAUUUUUAAAUACUAUACACAUUUUUAGGAAAAUUAAACACUUAAUAUAACACAACAAAACGUAAAACACGUCAGUUAAUUUCAGGUUCGUUUAUGACAUGCCUACUUAAUAAAAUAUGUGACUUCCGUCUUUUUCGUAAAAUACGUUUAGACACUCACUUGAAUACUUUACAUUGCACGAGUUUAAUUCGUAAUUUAAAUAAUAUUAUAUUGCAACAGUAAAUUAACUUACCUAUCUUCUUUUACUGGAAACUGCUAUACGUUUUACCCACCCAUACACAUAUCGUCCAUCAUAAUAAUUUAUUUAAGUAGGCAUAUUUGUAUUAUAAGUAAACUGUUAGAUCGUUUUGUAAUUACGUUACAAUUACAAACCCUUCUAAUUAUAUAUGUUACCACUUAGAGCGUACGAUAUUCGACAAUGUGUUGCUUAUUUUUCUUUGUACAUUUUUUUAUUAUUAUUAUUAUUAUUAUUUACAGUAUCAUAACGACAUUGGUGUACAUAAAAUCCUUAACUUAUAUUAAUUAUUGAUACGUAUACAAUAAUUACAAUACUAAUACCUUUUAUAGGUAUUCAUGAACAUUUUUUUUUUUUUGUAAUU